UUUGCCAACGCACAGCCAGCUGAUCAGAUAAAGCUAGAAGGCUUACGUUUGUGUUACACGCCAGUCGCCGUGAGCCUAAGCUACCACUCUUUUCCGGCUAAAUCACAUCCUCAAGUAUAUACAGAAUGGUUCGCGCCUGGCACAUGAAUGAUUCUGCUGAAGACCAGCGGGAAUCGCAUCACUUGGAUCCGCCACAGUUUGUCGAUCUCGACUACCUGAAAACUCUCGGUGUUUUUCAUUGGAAGGUGGAUGCAGAUAAUCUGAAAGAGGAAGGACUGCUGGAUAAAAUCAAGAAGGAACGUGGUUACACCUACGAAGAUGUCAUCGCGAUCUCCCGAGACACCCUUCCAAAUUACGAUGAAAAGCUGAAGAUAUUCUUCAAAGAGCACUUGCACUCAGAUGAGGAGAUUCGCCUGGCGCUGGAUGGCAGUGGGUACUUUGAUGUGCGAAACAAGGAAGACAAGUGGGUACGCAUCCAGCUGGAGAAGGGGGAUUUGAUCACACUGCCUGCCGGCAUCUAUCAUCGAUUCACCCUGGAUAUGAAGAAUUACAUAAAAGCCAUGCGUUUGUUUGUUGGUGAACCAGUGUGGACUCCUAUCAACCGACCAGCUGACGACCACCCAAAGCGUGUUGAGUAUGUUCAGCAGUUUGUCCAUUGAAAGCUGACAUUGCUGAAGGUCUCUGGAUCGACAGUGUUUAACCUUCAAGUGACCUAGAAUCUAUCUUCCAACCAUUCUAACAUAAAAAGCCAUAUAUACAUGUACCUCAUGCUGACCAGUUCUAACAAGUGUGUAUUCAUAUUCUUCUCUUUUUUUCUUGAUUUACCAGUAAGUAAAAUGAAGAAAAACAACAGAAUUUCAGUAUGCAUUAAUAAUCUACAUGUAUUUCCACAUGAAUGAGAGGGUACUUUGUAACGUAGCAGUGAGAGUGAGUGAGGGUCAUUUAUACAGGGGUAAUUCCAGAAAGAAGGGCUCCAAAAGUGUGGCAUUUUUGUCUCCCAGUUACAUCUGACCUUUAGUUGACAUG